AUGGGAGACGCCAGUGUAGCAAAUGGCCAGAAUGGUACAGCCAAUGGCGCUCGCAAGAAGCAGAUCUUGCUGAACGCAUUCGACAUGUCAACAGUGGGACAUCUGUCUCCUGGCCAGUGGAAGAACCCAAAAGACAAAUCCGCGACGAAGCGCAAACUCGAGUACUGGAUCGAACUGGCCCAGCUGUUGGAGCGAGGUGGCAUUAACGCCUUAUUCCUGGCAGACACGACUGGGGGCCAUGAUACCUAUGAGGGAAAACUGGAUGAGUGUAUCCGACGAGCGGCGCAAUGGCCGGUGACGGACCCAACAAUUCCCAUCACUGCUAUGGCCGCUGUGACUAAGAACCUCGCUUUCGGGAUCACGGCUUCGACUUCUUUUGAGCAACCGUUCCUGCUGGCAAAGCGAUUUUCUACCUUGGAUCACUUGACGAAUGGCCGGGUUGGUUGGAACAUUGUCACUUCGUACAAGAAGGCUGCGUUCAAGGCUAUCGGGCUUGACAAUCCUAUUGAGCAUGACCAGCGAUACGCCCAAGCGGAUGAGUAUCUGCGGGUGCUCUAUAAACUUUGGAAUGGCUCCUGGGCAUCGGAUGCGCUCUCUCCAGAUUUCGAGACAGACUCGUACGUGAAUCCCGACAAGGUUCGCGAAAUUAAUCACCAAGGCAAAUUCUAUUCCCUGAGCACACGCCACAUCGUCGACCCGUCGCCGCAGAGGACCCCGUUCUUGUUCCAAGCCGGCACGUCGCCAGCUGGCUCGGCUUUCGCAUCGACUCAUGCAGAAGCCAUUUUCGUCUCCUCUCAUUCACCAGAGGUGUUGCGACCCAAAGUCCAGAAAAUCCGCGAGCUUGCUGCAGAAAAUGGUCGGGAUCCGCAGUCGAUCAAGUUCUUUGGCACGUUUACGCCGAUUGUGGGACGGACCGAUGAGGAAGCGUGGGAGAAGUAUGAGGAACUAAAGAAGUAUGCCUCAGUCAUCGGGGGUCUGGUAUUGUUCAGCGGUUGGACAGGCAUUGAUAUCUCGAAAAUACCUUUGGACCAGGAGAUCACGACUGCUGAUUCCCUAGAAGCCAACAAGGUGACUAGUCUGCUUGACUCGUUACUUAAAACUAGCAAGGAUAUCCCGAAAUGGACACCCCGUAUAGUUGCUGAAAAGGCUGCUAUCGGUGGUCUUGGACCAGUGGCUAUUGGCAGCCCGACUACCGUUGCAGAUGAGAUGGAGCGGUGGAUUCGCGAGGCUGAUCUCGACGGGUUCAAUAUUGGCUAUGUUACCACGCCGGGCACAUUUGAGGACCUGAUUGAUCUGGUGAUUCCAGAGCUGAGAAAACGUGGCUUGUACCCGGAACUGCCAUCCGCGUCGGAUGAGCCGCUCACGGCUCGCGAGAAGAUCUAUGGCAAGGGCCAGAAAGAGUUGCGUGAUGACCACGCGGGAAGUCGGUACAACUAUGAUGUAUACCAAGAGGAGGAGCCAUAUGUUGAAGCCCAGUAA